AAUAUCGAACGUCCAAAGACAAACAAACUUUACUCCAGUAGUGACAACCGCCUCCACCGUGACACCGACCCUCAAACUUAAUGAAUUAAGUUAAUUAUAUUGAGUAGUAGUGUUUUGUGUGUUUUUUUGUUUGUUUGUUUUUUUAAAGAGUGCAUGAUGCAAGCCCAGGAUCUGUACUCAAAUACUGUAGCAUUAGUGAAAACUCAUAGCUGUAUAUAUAGUAUAGUGUGGGACGGUAGCUCCAUAGAGUCUAAAAGAAAAGCCUUGGUGGUGAAAAACAGCCCAACUCGUCAUCUGUGCCCAAGGAACGAUUGUGGAUUGUGCGCAUGCGCAGCCACCACAAACUGAACGAAUCACUCUCGUUAUUCCUGAGUCAUAUAAAAGAUUCGGAACGACCGACUCCUUGCUAUAAAUUGUCUCUCUGCAGCGUGUAGUAUCCACUAUCAAGUCAAGGUCCGCUCUGUGUUUCCUUACAUUACAGCCAUGCUUCUCAGGUUCGUUUGCGCGGUUGUCACUAGGGCACUAUUUAUUUUAAUUUCACUCAUCGGUGUGUGGAGAGUCAUAUGGGUGAAACACAAUAAAUUGUACUGGCUUCUUACUAUCCUAUUUCUACCCCUCGUUGUGGAAAUGAUUUUAACAUUGAGGAGGAGAAAAGGCAAGGACUGUAAGUGGUUCUCUCCAGCAAUUUUCCUGUUCCUUGUCAGCAUUAUACCAAGCAUUUGGAUCCUUGAGAUUCAUCAUCAACAGAAUAAACUCACUGAAGCCAAGUGUAAUCAACUCGAUUCAUCAGAGAGCAUUAAAGAAUUAUUUAAUAACCAGAGGACAUUAAAUGCUACUAAUGGGACCGAUAUGUCUCAGAUUUUCCAGCACUAUGAGCAGCUCUUGUCAUCAGUAUGCCCCAAUGACUGGAUUUUGGCGCUACACCAGUCCUUGCUGGUGCUGCUGAUUGUGGGGAAGUGGCUGAUGCCUAACGAAGGAGGCCUCACACGAGACGAGCUCUCGCAACUGCUCCUUAUCUUUGUAGGAACGGCUGCGGAUAUCCUUGAGUUCACCAGCGAGACUCUAUCCGAUAUCAAGGAUAAGAGCCCAGUGUUGGUGUACAUUAUUCUAGCCGUCUGGACGUGGAGUAUGCUACAGUUCCCUCACAAUCUCACAGUGUUAAGCACUAAAACAGAGGAGUAUGAGACGGAGCCUGGUUCUCUCCUCUCUCGACACCGAGCAGACUUCUGGGGUGUGAUCGAAGCCCUCUUGAUUCAGGACGGCCCGUUUUUUGUGGUCCGCCUGACCGUCAUGAUACACUUUGAAAUCAUUCACCAAAUGCUGGUCUUCUUUGCGAUCAAGAACUUUUUGGUGGUGGCACUGAAUGUGUAUCGACUCUGGGUCAUUUUUGGGGAUUCCAGAUCCUGAGGUUGGGACGCAGCUUACAUUUUAUAUAUGAUAUUCAUUUAAAAAAGUGUAAUCUGAUUACUUAGUUGAUUCAUUUUGGUUAUAGAUCUGUGUACAGUAAUAAUUUUUCAUUUCAAAAAUAACAUACAAAUUUAUAGUUAGUAGAUUAGUUUAAAUAACAAACCAGCAAAAUCAAUGUAUACAUAUAUCAGGGAUGGACAGUAUUUCUGUAUACAUGUACACAUACUUUAUUUGAAGUAGCUAAAAAAAAAUAUUUUGCAGUUUGUUUUGGAUGCUUGAAGAAGAAGAAGAAAAAUGGUUUCAUCAAAAUCCAUGCAUGCUGUAUUUUCUUUUUUUUUGUAUUUUCAUUUGCAUGGUGAUAUCAUGUAAACUGGUGCUCAUGUGAAUGUAGAAGAUUUCAGAGCCGGCGCAUGCAAAAGAGCUUCUCUACAGCUUGAACAUAUCAGCAACACCAGUCACUUAUCAGACACGCAGUCUGUUAAUAAACUGUUUAAGAAGAGCUCACGCAAUGUCUACACCCAUCAGGGAGAAUACAAAUAGCUGGCAAUGUGUUGACUGGCCACUUUAUAUUCUGCAGGAAUUUAAAAACACACACAUGAUUGUUCCUAAGUGUUUAAAAGAUUUCAUAUAAUCAGUGAUGUCCUGAAAUUCUGAGACAAAGCUUCUUGUAUAGCUAAAAUAUAACAGCAGGUCAACACUACAGUACAGAAAUACACUACAGAGCACCAAUACCAGAAACCAAAGAAACUAUAUAAUUGAUACAUCAUGAUCUACAACCCCAAGUCUGAAAAAGUUGGGACAGUAUGGAAAGUGCAAAAAAAACAAAAAACAAGCACACACACAAAAAAGGUCAUUUGAAAAUUCAAUUCACCCUGUACUAUAUUGAAAACACAUUAUUUGAUGUUUUUUUAAAUGUUUUUUUAAAUAUAUACUUGUUUCAAAUCUGAUGACUGGACUGCUGCAACACAGUCCAAAAAAGUUUAUGACUGUUUAACAGUGUGUAACACUGUGACCUUUUCUUCUAAUAACACUUAUUAAGUGUUUCGGCACUGAAGACACCAGAAUUUUCCCGCAUUCGUGCAUUAUGCAACUACGGGGCUUUCGUUGCCUUAUUUUGCGCUUCAUAAUGCGCCACAGCACCCGCACUC